CUUAGCAAGAGUCUUCAAAUAUUUAACAAACAUACACAUUUAUAAGCAUAGCUUUCCAGGUUCAUAACUCUGUGGUUACUCACAGAUUAAUGAUAUCCAACAGUUUAUCAUAUUCAAAUAAUUACACUUUUAUAAAUACUGAUUUAUAUAAGAUUUAGUCUAUUCCAUUCUAGGUCUUCAUGAUUUAUGGUUGUGCAGGUGCUUAAAAUCUUUAAUUCCAUGUAACCUAAUCAAGUUUGGUCAACAAACAUUUAUUAAGUUCUUCCUAUAUCCCAGGUGGGAGAUACAAAGAAAGGCAAAAGUAGCCCCUCUUCUUAAGUAAUUCUUAGUCUCAUAUGGGUAUAAAGGUGGGGAGACAGCAUGUAGACAACUAUGGAUAAACAAGCUAUGUUUGGGGAACAAUGGAGAUGAUCUCAGAGAAUGAAGUAGUGUUAUGGGAAUCAGGGAAGACUUCUUAGAAAAGGCUGAAUUUUAGCUGUGACUUGAAGAAAGUCAGUAGUUAGAGAUGAGGGAGGGAGAUAAUUUUAGGCAUUGAAAACAGUCAAUAAAAAUGCACAGAGCUGGGAGAUGGGGUGUCUUAUGGUUAAAGCAGGUAGCACCAUUUAACUCUCCUGACUCAAGAAGUUUCAGUGGUUCCCAGUUGCUUGUAGGACAAUUUUUUUUUAAUUUCCCAGUCAUUUAUAGCUCUUAACAGACUGGCGACAUGUCAAGUUCUGCUCAACGAAUUAUUUGUGGGUCAUCAAACUGAGAUAAGAAAAAUGAUCUUUGGGAUUACAGGAGGGCCAAACCAACAGACUGACAGAGGAAACAGGCAGACAUCCUCUUGCUGGGCAGUGACAAAAUUUAUUGAGUUAGGAUACAUACUUUAUAGGGAAAAUGACAUAGGCUAAGGGAUUAGGUAAGCUUUUUGUAAGGACAAUGGUUAGUAAUGAUUUACAAGAUGGAAAUAAUGGAUGUAGAUUGCCUUAGUGGCUGUAAGCAGUGUUUUCUGUAGGAUAAUAAAUCACAGAUAACAUAUCAAUGUAUAACCCAGUUUUGUAUGUUCUUCUCCCAGAACUCCUGUAUUAUUAUUUUCUUGGUUAGACAUCUAGUAUUUGGGGAAGGAGGAAAGUUUGCUUUUCUUAUCCUGGGGAGUAGAAUAUGUACUUUGCAAUUCCUACCUGAUUUUAUUGGGGCGUAUUCUCACUACUGGGGGCUACAGUGACACAUUCCUCCAUGCUUAGAAUUCUGUACUUUACCCUUGCAUUUUGGAGUAUCUGGUCAUCUUUGAGUCUCAACCGAAGUACUACCUUCUUCAGUAGGCCUCUCCUGAUUCCCCUAGUAGUUACUGCUGUCACCUCCUUGAAAUAAUUUUGUAUUUGAUUUUAUAUAAAUAUAUGUGUGUGUGUGCAUAUACACACAUACAUAUAUGCAUAUAUACACACACAUAUAUUAUUUACAUUUUUGAUAUUAUCUAUCUUGUAAGGUAAGGUCCUUGAAGGCAAGGACUGCCUCACUUUUAUCUUUGUAUCCCCAGCACAGAUAUUAAUGCUUUCUAGUUGAUCUCCUAAUUAGAUAAUUCUCUUGGCCUAUUUGAUGAAAUUCUUUUGAGAAUAAUAAAACUCAUUGCAAUGAACUUUGCAUAAUGUAAAAUUGUUUGUAACUAGUAAUAAUAAGUGAAGCUUCAUACCUCUAAUGAGAAGAGACUACGUUGUUUUCAAUUUAUAUUUGUCAUGGUGUGAUCUAUUCAAUUAAUUCUAUUCUAGAUAAGUUUUAUCUAAGGUUCCUGCAUCCCCAGGCCCGUAUGAGUUUUCAUCUUUUGGGGAUAUAGGAUAAAUUGAUAGGGAAAAUCUAAAGGAGGUAAAGGAAAAACCCAUUUAAACUAGAAAAAUAAUACACUAAAAGGAAGGACAUGAAAGCCAGUGACAUUAAAGGAAGAAGAUUGACACAAAUAACUAACAGAAAAAAAGUUGAAAGCAUCUAAAACUAUAGAAGAGAAAAAAACCUGCUCUCCAAAAUUAUAUAUAUUUUUUGCCUUUAGAUAUUUAUUUCUUGUGAUACCAUUCCUGUGUCAUCUGUUCUAGUGCCAAAAGUGGUAGGUGGGAUCUAGUAGAAUACAAAGUGUAGAUUUCUUAGUAUUCAAUCUUGGUAUGCUAACCUCAGCUCCACCAUAUAACAUAUUAGAUUAUUAUCAGCAAUUAAACCUGGAAUAUUUGCUACCUUCCCCCCUUUUCUAAAUAUUGGGGGAGGGAGUAGAGAGAAGUCUAGAAAGUAGACUGAUUUUAAAAUAAAUUAAAAUAGUUACUGAGCAGUCAUUUUUGCAAAAUUGAUCUUGUAUUAUUUUUCAUUUUCAGUUUUAAUGGAAGAAAGAAGCUACUGAUUAAAAGGGAGCAUGUUACUUUUUAAAGUAAAAUUUAAAUACUGUGACACUGAUAAGUAUCAUAAUAAGUUAUAGGAGUUUUGUAGCUAUUUUCAUUUUUCUCAUCAAAAAUUAUUUUAAAAAUAUUUUUCAAUGGUACAUGGACAAGGACACACAUACAGAACAGAAAAGAAAAGAAAAAAAGAAAGAAAAGGCUAAAAAAAGGAAAGCGAAGCCUCCAGCUUCAUGUGUACGUGAAUUGGCUGUUGGAAUCUUUACCUGGUACUUCUUUGAAAAGUUUUAUGUGCACACGAAGCCUACAAGCCUGAAAAAUGCCAGAUUGUAUUUAGUUUUUAAAAAAUAAUUUAAAUUAUCCAGAUUGUGACCUUGCUUUUUUAAAAUUCACUCUUUAAAAUACACAUGCACAUAUCCACUCCUCCCACCCCUUGGGACAGAAAAAUGAAGUGCCUAUCCUGGUAAAUCACAUUUCUGUUCCCAGGGAAAACUGCAUGCACCCAGUGCACUCAGACACAGAGUGAGCCAGUAAAGGCAGAAUGGCUAUUGUUUAACUCUGCCUAGCAAGAGGACCGAAAAGAAAGAAUUGGGUUUGACUGGCUUUGGUGCUGGCUUUUCUGCAUUCCAAAGUAUCUGAGGCACAGAGAAAGCCAGGAAAGUCUGGAUGCUGCACAGGGAGUGUUAUGAGUUUCAGACCGGCAUGGUAGUAAGAGCAUGGUAGAGGUACCGGCAACUUUCCAGAAUGCAGACCCCAGAGGUGCCAGCAGAAAGGUCCCCACGAAGACGGAGCAUCUCAGGGACCAGCACAUCAGAGAAACCCAAUUCCAUGGAUGCUGCAAAUACUUCACCAUUCAAAGUACCAGGAUUCUUCAGCAAGCGCUUGAAAGGCUCUAUAAAGAGGACCAAAAGCCAAUCAAAACUUGACAGGAAUACAAGUUUCAGACUCCCAUCACUUCGCAACACAGAUGACAGGUCUCGUGGAUUGCCCAAGCUAAAAGAAUCUCGUUCCCAUGAAUCUUUGCUCAGCCCAUGCAGUGCUGUAGAAUGUCUGGACCUUGGCAGAGGGGAGCCAGUAUCAGUCAAACCACUGCAUAGCAGCAUCCUUGGACAGGAUUUCUGCUUUGAGGUUACCUACUUGAGUGGAAGUAAAUGUUUUAGCUGUAAUUCAGCUUCAGAGAGAGACAAGUGGAUGGAAAAUCUACGCCGGACAGUACAACCCAAUAAGGACAAUUGUAGAAGGGCUGACAAUGUUUUACGGCUGUGGAUUAUUGAAGCCAAGGAUCUGGCCCCCAAAAAGAAGUAUUUCUGUGAGCUGUGCCUUGAUGAUACUCUUUUUGCUCGAACAACUAGCAAGACCAAAGCAGAUAAUAUUUUCUGGGGUGAACAUUUUGAAUUCUACAGCCUUCCCCCUCUCCAUAGUAUCACAGUUCACAUUUAUAAGGACAUGGAAAAAAAGAAAAAAAAGGACAAGAAUAAUUAUGUCGGACUUGUCAAUAUACCCACAGCCAGUGUGACUGGCCGCCAGUUUGUGGAGAAAUGGUACCCUGUGAGCACCCCUACACCCAACAAAGGAAAGACCGGAGGCCCUUCCAUUCGGAUUAAGUCACGUUUCCAGACUAUCACCAUUCUACCUAUGGAGCAGUAUAAAGAGUUUGCUGAAUUUGUCACCAGCAACUACACCAUGUUGUGCUCUGUCCUAGAACCUGUGAUUAGUGUGCGGAACAAAGAAGAGCUGGCUUGUGCCUUGGUGCACAUUCUUCAGAGUACUGGCAGGGCCAGGGAUUUUCUGACAGAUCUGGUGAUGUCUGAGGUGGAUCGGUGUGGAGAACAUGAUGUAUUGAUCUUCAGGGAGAACACAAUUGCCACCAAAUCCAUUGAGGAGUACCUAAAGUUGGUGGGACAGCAAUAUCUCCAUGAUGCACUCGGGGAGUUCAUCAAGGCUCUGUAUGAGUCAGAUGAGAAUUGUGAAGUGGAUCCCAGCAAAUGUUCAUCCAGUGAACUAUUUGACCACCAAAGCAACCUGAAAAUGUGCUGUGAGCUGGCUUUUUGCAAAAUCAUCAACUCUUACUGUGUUUUCCCUCGUGAACUGAAAGAAGUGUUUGCAUCAUGGAAGCAACAGUGCCUAAACAGGGGCAAGCCAGACCUCAGCGAGCGUCUCAUUAGUGCUUCAUUGUUCCUCCGCUUCCUGUGUCCAGCUAUCAUGUCUCCCAGUCUCUUCAGCCUUAUGCAGGAAUAUCCUGAUGACCGGACGGCUAGGACUUUAACACUGAUUGCCAAGGUUAUUCAGAACCUUGCAAAUUUUGCAAAGUUUGGUAACAAAGAGGAAUACAUGGCUUUCAUGAAUGAUUUCUUAGAGCAUGAGUGGAGUGGAAUGAAGCGCUUUCUUCUGGAAAUUUCUAACCCGGACACCAUCUCAAAUACCCCUGGCUUUGAUGGCUACAUUGAUCUGGGCAGAGAGCUUUCUGUUUUGCAUUCUUUAUUAUGGGAAGUUGUUUCCCAACUUGAUAAGGGUGAAAAUUCCUUCCUACAGGCGACUGUGGCAAAAUUGGGACCACUUCCUCGUGUACUUGCUGAUAUUACCAAGUCACUAACUAAUCCUACACCAAUACAGCAGCAACUGAGACGCUUCACUGAACAUAACUCCAGCCCAAAUGUCAGUGGCAGUCUUUCCUCAGGGCUGCAGAAGAUAUUUGAGGACCCCACUGACAGUGAUUUACACAAAUCAAAAUCUCCCACCCAGGAAAACACAGAUAGUUAUUUUAGAGGUAAAACAUUAUUGUUGGUUCAGCAGGCAUCCUCCCAAAGCAUGACUUAUUCAGAAAAAGAUGAAAAGGAAAAUGGACUUCCUAAUGGAAGGAGUAUUUCACUUAUGGAUCUUCAGGACCCCCAUGCUGCUCAAAUGGACCAUUCAUCCAUUAUGCUGGAUGUGCCCAUGCGUUUAACCGGCAGCCAACUUUCCAUAACUCAAGUGGCUAGUAUCAAACAGCUCCGAGAGACGCAGAGUACCCCUCAGAGCGCACCCCAAGUGAGGAGACCUUUGCAUCCCGCCUUGAGCCAGCCAGGCAGCCUCCAGCCCCUGUCCUUCCAGAACCCAGUUUAUCACCUCAACAAUCCCACCCCUUCCAUGCCAAAGGCCUCUGUGGAUUCCAGUUUGGAGAACUUAAGCACUGCCAGCUCCAGAAGCCAAAGCAAUAGUGAAGAUUUCAAACUCAGUGGACCCAGCAACAGCAGCCUGGAAGACUUCGCCAAACGCAGCACCCAGAGCGAAGACUUUUCUAGGAGGCACACAGGGCCAGACAGACACAUACCUCUUGCCCUUCCACGGCAAAAUAGUACCGGGCAAGCACAGAUCCGCAAACUGGACCAGGCCGGGCUGGGCGCCCGGGCCAAAGCCCCCCAGUCCUUGCCCCACAGCGCUUCCUUAAGGAGCACAGGAAGCAUGUCGGUAGCUUCCGCAGCCCUCAUGGCCGAACCCGUGCAGAAUGGAAGCCGGUCCCGGCAGCAAUCAUCCUCCUCCAGAGAAAGUCCUGUCCCGAAAGUGAGAGCAAUCCAGCGGCAGCAGGCACAGCCGGUUCAGUCACCUGUAGAUUCUGCCACAAUGUCUCCAGUGGAGAGGACGGCAGCCUGGGUUCUGAAUAAUGGGCAAUACGAAGAAGAUGAAGAAGAUGCUGAGCAAAAUCAAGAUGACGUCAAGCAUGCAGAAAAGUACGAACAAGAGAUUGCCAAAUUGAAAGAGCGCCUGAAAGUAUCCAGCCGAAGAUUGGAGGAGUACGAGCGACGGCUCCUAGUGCAAGAGCAGCAAAUGCAGAAGCUCCUGAUGGAGUACAAAGCCAGGCUGGAGGACAGUGAGGAGCGUCUGCGCAGACAGCAGGAGGAGAAGGACAGUCAGAUGAAGAGCAUCAUCAGCAGGCUGAUGGCUGUUGAAGAGGAGUUAAAGAAAGAUCAUGCUGAGAUGCAGGCAGUUAUUGAUGCAAAGCAGAAAAUCAUUGAUGCACAGGAAAAGCGGAUCGUAUCCCUGGAUUCAGCCAAUACACGGCUAAUGAGUGCCCUAACCCAGGUGAAGGAGCGCUACAGCAUGCAGGUCCGCAAUGGCAUCUCGCCCACCAACCCCACCAAGCUUUCCAUCACGGAGAAUGGUGAAUUCAAAAACAGCAGCUGCUGACCAGCUCCUCUGAAGAGACAAUGGAGACGGAAAGAAAUUGUAUUGGAAAAUACAAACCCAUCCCUCUGUUCCCAGCCCUUUGCCCUGCCCCUCCAGGUUUACAGAAUGCUGCUAAGUUGGAAUGGCAACAUAGAGGAUCUCUUGAUUGGUGAAAGAAACCCUCUUAUUCAGGGCACAGGACUAUGACUCUAAAGUCAAUGCUCUCCCCCAUAUCUCUUUGUACAUAAAGAACUCAGUUCUGGGCCAUGUACAGAAAUUGCCACUGUAAUAUACCAAAAGGAAGUUAAUAAUGUAGAUUAUCUUUUUAAUUAUUGCUAUUUUUAUUAUUGUUGUUUUUCCCUUGUUAAAAGCACUGCAGUUGGUGGAGGAGGAAAAAUAGGAAUUAUAUGUGAGUGAAGAAAUGACCCUGUAGGUUUAGUAGAAAGAAACAACAUCUGGCUGAAAAAAGCCCAUGGACUGCAGCAACAGAUUGGCAGAAUUCACUUUUUAAGAGAUCAUUCUGCUGGUUUAAAAACCAUCUUCAAUUUGUCCAAAACAAACAAAUAAAUAAACAGCAGGACUCAAUCAAAAGGAACAGAUAUUGGUGGUCAGCUAAGAUUGGAUUUGGUCUAAGAGCCUUUGGCAUCCACUAUUACAAGGUGCAGAGGCCAAAAGUUACUGCACCAUCAUUGGACUUUGGGGAUAAUGUCUAGAUUCCUGUCAGUCAAUGUAUUUCCUUCUCUCUAGGGCUGAUUUUCUCUUUAGUAGAUGAAAGGGAAUAUCAAGUUUUAAAUAGGGGAUUUUUUUUUACCCCAGUUGUAAUAAAGGGUAUUUUUUCCUUUUUAGAGUUUACAAAACUGUACAUAUUUGUCUCUAAAUGCCAUCCUGCAUCUUUGUAUACUUCAGUAUCCUCUCCUCACCCAUAAUGGGAACAAUCAUACCAAAAAGGAUUUAUUCAUCAUUAUCUAAGUCAUCCAAAUCUGUUAUCCAUAAUCCAUCUGGGAAAAAUAAGCAGAUUUAUUAUUUCUGCCCUCUUACCACACCCUCCCACCUCCAAAAGGGCUAACUAAACAACAUCAAGACCCUAUAUAAUUGCUGAUUUUCAAAUGAUAUCAUAAAUAUUUUUCCACCUUUUAAAAUCAUUGUUUAUUCGGAUUUAGAUUUUAUCUAUCAAAGUGACAAAUUGUUUUUUUAUCCAGAUUACUAUGUCUUCCUCACAUUGACCCCAGCCAAAUUUAGAAUGAAGCCCAAAUCAGAACUCUCAUGUUUGGUAAAAUGAAGUUUACUCUUCUCCUGAAAGGAAGCUGACUGUGGAGGUGGGAGUAGUAAGCUGUUGGCACACACAGGCUCUCAUCUUCCAGAGGAAUAGUCAACUCUCCGAGUCAGAGGGUUGGCUGUGGAGACCUAGUUUCAAUGUUUUUCAGCCGUGGCUUUCCUAGGAAAUAGUCUGACUCGGAUACAGUCACAUGAACUAUUUAUUUCCUUUGUUCAAGAGGUGUGAAAUGUUAACUUGGGUGAAUCUCUAAUUAUCAGAAGUAAAGAAUGGUAUUCAUUAAACAGAUAUUAUACAUAUAUAGUUGCACAAGUAUACAUAUAACUAUGCACAAAUAGGAAACAGUCAGACCAUCUACACCGUCAGAUACAGUAAGGUCAAAGUGUCUUUGCUAUCUUUAUCCAGGUUUUAGCAGUAAUUUUGGUUGUGGGAGAGAAGUGUGUGAGUAACAGGAACAUUUGACUCAAAAGUAUAAUUUAAAAAAAAAAAACAUAACCUAAGGGACCAACCAUGUGCCUGAAGUAAGUGUCCAUGGGUGGUGAUGGUGGUGAUGGUAGUAGUUUUUUAUUUCCUUGUCAGAAUAAACAAGGGGAGAAAAGAGAUCUUUGAUGACAGGACUUUUGUUGAUAGACCAGUCCAGUCAAAAUCACCUCCCAGGAGGCUCCAGUCUUUGUUCUUUUUUUCUUCAGCUUUGCUCUCUCUCUCAGGUCAAUUGUUUUUGACCCUUUGUAUUUUCUUAUCUUGUUUCUGUACUUUCCCCCCUCUCCUCUACAUCUUUCACCAUUUUCUCUAGAUUGGUUUGUCCACAAGAGUUUGGGAAACCUGCCUCUUCCCAUACUUCACCCUCCAUUUUAGACACACAAACACACAUACACAUACCCCUUGGAAUGUAUUUCACAGACCAAACUAUAAGUAUAUGCUUUGUGUCUUUCUCUGCUGUAGUGAAAGUACAAGUAGGAGCCUGAAUCUGGUCCCUUUGAGCAUCUUGUUGUGAGAAUUCAGAAUACCAGUGGCCCUGUCCAGCUUCCUUGGCGAUUCUCAUCUCUAGCAAAAUGUACUUGAUUCUGCAUGCAAGUAUCCAUCAGUACUGUAGAAAGCUUGGUAAACGGAUUGUCUGUUAUAAUGGUUUUCAGUAUGUUAUAUGGGUGAUUUCUUGGAUUGAGUUUCAAAAGCCCUGGCGUGUCUGACUGCAGGUGGCGGUCUGAAGGCUGGUUGGUUUCCCUAACAUGGAAAUAAGCUUUUGGGUGAAUGCUGUGUAAGGUGAUAGAUCAGACUAGAUGUGAAGUGUUAGUUUUGUAGUAUUCCACUAAAGGUUUUGUCGUGAUCAGAUUCUGUGAUUCAAUGUCUAAACCUCAUGGGAGUGCAUUAGGCAGCCCCUUGUUUAAGAAACACUUAGUAUGUGGAAAGAGAAAGGGAAAGAAAUGAUAUGGAUGUUUUAGGAUCCAAGUUAGCAGGAUAAUAAGUAAACUAAGUAGCUAUUAUUUUCAAAAAUGAUGGCAGAUAUUAUAUUUAAAUUUAGAUUUAUCCAUUUAAAAGAUUUAAUUUAGAGUAUUUAAAUUUAAAUUAUUUAAAUUAGAUUUAGAUUAUCCAUUUAUAGCCUAUAUUCAACCAAAUCUUUUAUUUUUCUGAGCAUUUCUUUCAAUAAUGCAGCCCACUAAACAACUGAUCAGUAAGUUCAAAAGUAAAGAGCUACAGGAAGGUAACAGUGACUGUGCUUUUCAUUGUUACUUGAUAUUAUGAGUUUUCCUUUUCCAGCUUUGUUGGAUAAUAGGAUAGAGAACACCAACAUAAAGGUAUAAUACAACCCUGUGCCAGUUGAUGAGGAGCCCAAAUAGGAAGCUUUCUCCUUCUAUAAGGAAGACUGUACUGUAGUAGAGUGGCCUGAUGGGUCAGUUCAGAUGUAUGCCAUCCUCCCAGCUCCUCCUGACCUGUUAUUAGGAAUAAAACAGGCUUUGGUUGAAUAGGGCAUGGAAUUCUGCAAAGUGCCUAUGUAGGUGACCCCAGGUUAUGCGCAAUAGUAAGGACAGCAGAAUGAAUGUUGCCAAGAUUCAGGAAAAGAGCAUCCUGAGUCAUUUUCCCUUCACUGAACCAAGGAUUAAGCCUACUAGGUUUCUGGUCUCCAAAUGAGUUAAAAUUCCUUCGACUUAUCAUGUUCUUGCAAUAAAAAUUGUGAGGGAGGAAAAAUUUGACUGGAGUAUCUUUUAGGUUUGGGUCCGUUUCUUGGCAGCAAGUUAAAUGUAGCAUAGUGCUCUCUCUGUAGCUUUAGGUCUGUUCACUUAGGUCCUCUGGGCAGUCAGAAUCCGCUUUCUCUUGGUCUUUUCCUCCCUUUUAGUGAUGGUGGAUUGUGCUGCCUAUCUCGAAAGGAAGAAGUCCCAUCUCCGACCACAGUCCAUCUCUAGGAAGCAUUAAUGAUCUGUCUUUGAACAUAAUCCUCAUUUUGGAAGUAAAGCUUUUCAGAUCUGUGACUACCUCUCACUAGCCUCGUCAUUGGACCUCUAGUUCUUAAAUCCCACUGAUCUUUCACUCUGUCCUUUCCCUGGGCUUAAUCAGAGUUGCAGUCAAUGGGAGAAGCAGCAAAGAUUCCUAAUCAGAAGUCCCAUAACAAGGAAGCUGCUGCAGGGAAAGGUCAGCUUUAUUGCACUCAGCUUCCACCCCCAUCUACACCUAAGUUAUCUUCUAUCCCGAGGCCCCCUGGAGGCCAAAUCUUGGGCCGAUUUAGGGAGUUAGACCAUUCUAAGUGCCCAAUGUCAGACCCUGCAGACAUACACCAGAGUCUACCUGGACACGUGGAUUAACCCUGAACCUGGAUCCCUCUCACUAGCUCAGGCUUUCUGCCCCCACAAUCCAUGCCUCAGACUAAAUAACUCCUAUUUUCUGCUCUUUUGGAAGCCUUUUGUGUACGGGCAUAGUCCUUAAAGAGCAUGGAAGCCACAGCUGUGAGAAAUUUUCCCCUGAUCCCUUUUCGCUUUAACCUCCCUCCUUUAUACACCCACAUCCUGAGAACCAGUCAUUUAAUGUUCAGAAUGUCAUUUUUGGAAUCCUACCCAUGGAAAGUACCUGUUUUGAUUAUUUUCAAAAGAAAUGUUGGAGUUUUGAAAUUUCAAAUAGAAGUUCAUUUGUUAUUUUGAAUCAUCAUCCUUUGUUGCUAAAAACAUUCUCCUGUUGUCAGUACCCAACUAGGGAUGCUACUCUCUUGAUUUUAGAAAGGACCAAAGCAAUGAAAUUUGCAUGAGAUGAAAUAAAUAUCUCAUGAGGAGAGAAAAAGCCAGAGAAGGAUAUAUCAUCUCAGAGUAGGCUCAUGCCUUCUCUGCAGCCCAAAGGACUUAAAGGAGGCAAGAAAGGUUUAGAUUCCCCCACCACCUAAAAGCUGUGUUACAUAGCUGUAUGGCAUGGUGGUUUCUACAGAUAAGAAACAGCGUUCUGAGACCUUUCCCUAUUUUAGAAUAUCAACUUCAUUCUGUAAUUGCCACACAUUAUGGAGUUCCAUUGCCCUAAUGGCAUUUCAAUUUCAUUAUAUACCUUCCUCCUUGUUAGUCUAAGUGGCAUAUGUCUAUAUAUGCCCCAUUUAUCUACAUCUUAUCUUUAGAAGUCAAGCUUUUCAGAUUUAUGUCUUUUUCUCUCUCCAAAUAUACAUGCCCAUUUAUCUUCAAAUGGGAGAAUAUCCUAAGACCCCUUAAAAAGAAUAGGAGGAUAAUAGCAGGGAAUAUCUUCCACCAGAGAAGAAUCACUGCUGUUAUCAUCUUGAGCCAAUUCUGAAGAAGCCUAGCUGGCUAUUCCCUUGUUACCAAAACAAGAUAAUUGAGAAGUGGUCAGAGAACCAUCCCAAAAAUGGUUGUCCCAACCCAACAAUCCCAAUAUUGUCAUGUGUUAAGCGACCCAAAGACAAUUAAAAGGUCUUGUUGAUGUUCCAGGACACUCAUUUUUACUUUAACAUCCCUACUUACCUCUUGGAAAAAUGUCUGGUUUACAUCUCCAAAACAGGUCACUUUGUCAGAGGAGUUAGGAGGCUACAGUCAUGCAAACCCAGACCAAUCAAGGUUACCAUGGGAUGUAUAUUGGCAUGGUUGGGGAAGACAGUGUCUAUGUGUGUAAAUCGCCUUUUGUUAUUUUGUCAUUUCUAAACUCCCCCAAAGGGGAAAAAACUCAAAUCAUCUCUUCCAUAACAGGUUGAAUACAGGUUACUCAUUCAAUAGCCACUAUCAUGCAAAUAAGUUAAAAUAAAUAACGAAGAUGACAUUUUUGACUGGUGCUUAGAUAUUUCCUCUUACUUUAAAACUAGUUCUCAGAAACAAUAGCACAUCAACCUGUGGCACUCCCAUGAGGAAAUUACCUUUUAAAAAUAGAUUUUUUUUCAUCUCCAGGGCCUUAAUAAGCGUGUGUUACUUACACAGGGCUAUUUUACAAUAAUCAAGCUAAAUAAUUUAUUUUUUAUUUCGUGAAAGAGAAAUACAUCUUAGAAAAACAAAACCCAAGAUUUUAUUUUAUUUUUAAAGCCAUAUUUUUGUGCUAGUAGCACGUGGAUUGUUCCAUAUGUAAGAUCCAUAUCUGCAUUUCAUUACCUGGGUUUAUUCUAAAGAAGAUUUAUUUUUGUUCUGUGAAUAAUUUUUGACGGUUCUUGUACAUGUACAGAUAUAGAUACAUUUGAGGUCUUUUAUUGAUAUUCCUACAAAGAAUACAAAUAAACUUUAACUUUAAACA